AUGGGGAAGCUUGGCCAGUUUGUGGCAGAGCACAAUGUUGCUCAUAAAUUGUAUAAGCAGACGCUUCUUAACACCGUCUGCGUAGUGGCGGGUAUCUCUAUCUUCUUUUUCGGCUAUGAUCAAGGUCUCAUGGGUGGUGUGAACACGACACGAAACUACGCAGAAUUGAUGGGAUUCGGUCAUUGGGACGAACAACAACAAUUGGUCGUUGUUGAUAAACCCCUGUUGCAAGGCGGCAUUGUUGCUGUCUAUUAUCUUCCUGGUACUUUGGCAGGCUGCCUUCUGGGCGGUUGGUUAGGUGAUAAAUAUGGCCGUAUUACAACCAUUGGCCUUGCCUGCCUGUGGUGUGUCUUUGCAGCGGCUCUACAAUCAGCGGCGCAGAAUGCAAACUGGAUGUUUUGCGCCCGAGUCUUGAACGGCAUCGGAACCGGUAUCCUAAACGCCAUUACACCAGUUUGGGCUACCGAGACGGCUGCUCACACCUCUCGCGGACAAUUUGUUGCCUUUGAGUUUACACUCAACAUUUUCGGCGUUGUCGUGGCGUACUGGCUUGAAUUCGGCACCUCCAAGUACAAGGACCCCAACUCUUCAUUCAUCUGGAGGUUUCCUGUGGCGUUCCAGAUCGUACCCCUUAUUCUGCUCUUCAUCAUCAUUUGGUUCAUGCCCGAAUCGCCCCGCUGGCUCGUCAAGGUUGGUCGCGAGGACGAGGCCCGUUUCAUCCUGCAGCGUCUGAGAGGCAGCGAGGGCGAGGAAGGCGAACAGGCCGAGGCAGAGCUGCAGGACAUCAUCAACAUCCGUAAUCUGGAGGAAGAGACAUCCAACCAGCAGGGCUAUCUGCACAUGCUCUUCGGCAUCGGAUCCGGCAAGCUGCACACUGGCCGUCGCGUACAGCUCGUCAUUUGGCUCCAGAUUCUGCAAGAGUGGAUUGGCAUUGCUGGCAUCACCAUCUACGGGCCUCAGAUUUUCACAAUUGCUGGCAUCAGCGCUUCAGACCGUCUCUGGGUCAGCGGUGUCAACAAUAUUACAUACAUGUUUGCCACCUUGAUCUGCGUCUUCACGCUCGACCGAAUCGGUCGUCGAUGGACACUGUACUGGGGCUCCGUAGGCCAAGGCAUAUGCAUGUUCGUCGCGGGAGGUCUCGCACGCGCAACCAUCAACGCCGACGACAGUAACCGCGCGCAGAUUGGUGGUGCAGCCACCUUCUUCGUGUUCUUGUACACGGCCAUCUUCGGAGCCACCUGGCUCACAGUUCCGUGGCUGUAUCCCGCCGAGAUCUUCCCUUUGCAAGUCCGUGCCAAGGGAAAUGCAUGGGGUGUCGUCGGAUGGUCCAUUGGCAACGGCUGGUGUGUGCUUCUCCUCCCCACCAUUUUCGACAAACUCAACGAGAAGACGCUCUACAUCUUUGGCGGCGUCAACGUGCUCACCAUCUUCGUCGUGUGGGCGCUGUAUCCUGAAUCGAACCAGCGCACGCUCGAAGAGAUGGACCUCGUCUUUGCGAGCGACAGUAUCUGGACAUGGGAGGCCGAGAAGAACUUUGCCAGACUCAAGGCGGAGAAUCCACAGCUCGUGCAGGCCGCCAAGUCGGGCCACGGUGUGGUUGAUCCCGAGAAGGGCGCCGAAUCCCGAAAGGCAAGCCUGGUGCCUGGCCGGAGGGCAAGUUUCGUCCCGCGGGAUGAUGGGGCGGAUGGGUCGAAGGGCAUGUCGAAUGACAAUGACAAGUCGAGUGUCUCACAUGUGUGA